CCCCGCCCCGCCCUCCAGUAGACUCUAGUCGCUAGCCUCAAACCAACUCUCUCUACUGUAUCGAUGAAGUUGUUUCAAAGAUGGCGGAUUUCCUGCCGUCCCGGUCCGUUUUAUCAGUAUGUUUUCCAAACUGUGUCCUCACGAGUAACGAGGCAGAACAAUUAAGGAUAUCUAAAGAAAUAGACAAAAGUAUUUCGCGGGAUAAGACGUACGUGAAGCGGCUUGUGAAGAUUCUGCUACUCGGAGCGGGAGAAAGCGGCAAGUCUACUUUCCUGAAGCAGAUGCGCAUCAUCCAUGGUCAGGACUUCGAUCAAAGGGCAAAAGAAGAGUUCAAGGCCACGAUUUUUAGUAAUGUAAUUAAAGGGGUGCGUGUGUUGGUGGAUGCCAGAGAAAAGCUCCACAUCCCGUGGGGAGAGGCGUCCAACCAGAGGCAUGGAGAGACCAUGAUGGCGUUUGACACGAGGUCGGCCAGGAUGGCCCACGGCAUGGUGGAGACCAGGGACUUCCAGCAGUACCUGCCCUCCAUCCGGGCCCUGUGGGCCGACACGGCCAUCCAGGACGCCUACGACAGACGCAGGGAGUUCCAACUGGGAGAGUCUGUAAAGUAUUUCCUGGAUCAUUUGGAAAAGCUGGGACAGCCGGACUACCUACCGACUCAGCAGGAUAUUCUCCUGGCCCGUAAGCCCACUAAAGGUAUCCAUGAGUACGACUUUGAGAUCAAGAACGUUCCAUUUAAGAUGGUGGACGUUGGGGGUCAAAGGUCGGAGAGACGGAGAUGGUUUGAGUGUUUUGACUCUGUCACCUCCAUCCUCUUCCUUGUCUCCUCUUCAGAGUAUGACCAGGUCUUGAUGGAGGACCGUCAGACCAACCGUCUCAGCGAAUCCCUCAACAUCUUCGAGACGAUCGUCAACAAUCGUGUUUUCUCCAACGUCUCCAUCAUCCUGUUCCUCAACAAGACAGACCUUCUGGAGGACAAGGUGCGCUCCGUCCCCAUCAAGGACUAUUUCCCAGAGUACCCCGGGGAGCCACACAGCCUGGUCGACGUACAGAGGUUCCUAGUGGACUGUUUCCGGGGGAAGAGGAGGGACGUGACACAGAAGCCCCUGUACCACCACUUCACCACAGCCAUCAACACGGAGAACAUUCGCCUGGUGUUCCGAGACGUCAAGGACACCAUCCUCCACGACAACCUAAAGCAGCUGAUGCUGCAGUGAUUGCAGGGGGGUUAUGACCUUUUGAAGUCACCUUUUGGCCUUUAACCCCCCCGUGACCCCUCACCGUGACCCACUGACUUGCAGUGAUUGCAGGGUGAUGAACAGAGAGCAAAAGAGUUGUGUUGUGUUACACUGUGUCACGUGUCACUGCCUUUUAAGUCACCUUUUGGCCCUUGACCUUUAACCCCUGUGAGCCCUCACCUUGACCCCUGAUCUCCAGUCACCUCUGGUGCAGGCUGUCCCCUAUGACCCUUGACCACUGAACCCUGUUACCACUUCUAAUGGCCUUGUACCUGGCAGUUCUAUCCCCCCCCCCCUCUAAACCACUGUAAAUGAGCCCCCCCCCCCUCUAAACCACUGUAAAUGAGCCCUCACACGCCCCUCUCCUCUCUGUAAUGGACUAUUCCAGAGUCUGUAGAUAUGUCGAUGUGUUCUGUAGGAUGAAGUUGCCCUCGGACGCUGAUCCUGGGUCAGUUUUUCAUUUUCCCCACUAAUGGUUAAUGACAGGAUAUGGGGAAGGGAAGCUGGUCCUAAAUCUGUUCUAUAUUACUAUAUUCACUCUGUUGGUUCACUCUUAACUCUCUUGUCUCACUGUCACAUUGUAACCUGUCUGAGCAGCCCAGACCACCGCUGGAGGUUAUCGGUCAAGGGUGAUGGGGUCAACUGGCCUUUCUGUGUUGGAGGGAUAGGGGGGGGGGGGUCAAAGGUCGUCACCCGCGGCAACCAGGGAAGAGGGGGUGGUAACGCUGUAGAACAAAAUGCUGACUGUUUUACUGGCCUCAGCCUGUCGCUAUGCACCUCCACCUGCCCUGAACUGGCUAGAUUCUCCACUUCCUUUUCCCUCAGAGCCUGAUUAUGACCUCACCGUGACCCGCCACCCUCUGACAGCAAAUCAGUGUCACUAUCUGGAUGUGGAACUGAAGAACCAACUGCAGCGGAGAGCUUGUUACUUGUUGUUGUUGCCGGGGGGAAGUUAAAGAGUGGGGGGAAUUUACAGCACUGUACUAAAACUAAUCCUUAAUGAUUCCACAAAUAAGCCUUUUACCACUGUCUGAUGAUUACCUAUCAAACAGAGCUACACACACACACAACCUGCCCAUAGAGACUCUUCUGACCUGAUCCCUGUCUUAGUCCUGGCCUUACUGUUUGGAACUUUAGUUUUUUAAUCAGUUACAUUUGUUACUUUUUUUUUCUCACAUAGAUUUAUUAUGAAUAUAUGUACCUAAACAUUGUCUUAAGUUAUAUUUGAAAGGUUUAUGCACAAGUUUGAUUUACACCUGCUGAUAGGCAGUGUUAAAGGCUAUGGAAGAGGGUGGGUGAACACACACACACACACACACACACACACACGGACCGCUCAGACAGACUUGCUCCAGACAGACUUGCUCCAGGCAGACUUGCUCCAGGCAGACUUGCUCCAGACAGACUUGCUCCGGACAGACUUGCUCCGGACAGACUUGCUCCGGACAGACUUGCUCCGGACAGACUUGCUCCAGACAGACUUGCUCCAGACAGACUUGCUCCAGACAGACUUGCUCCAGACAGACUUGCUCCAGACAGAUUUGCUCCAGACAGACUUGCUCCAGACAGACUUGCUCCAGACAGACUUGCUCCAGACAGACCAGUUGAUAAACUACUGAGCUAAUUCUCAGGAUACAUUGUGGACCACUUAUUUGUGUAUUUAGAGCAAUGAUAUUCAUUUGCCUAAGUCCUAAAACACACACACAGGCGGCUGUCCAUCAGAGGCUGGUAGUCUAAACAACUUGUCGGCCAGCUACAUCCCCUCUUCCAGUCCUCAUUGUUUCUCCCCUCUCUCUCUUUCUGUCCCUCUCGCUGUCCCUCUCUCUGUGUUAGUGUAAGCAAGUGAUCAGCCUUAUAAACCCUGUGGAGUCUCAUCCUAGAGGGGAGAGACGGUGAUCAGCCUUGUAAACCCUGUGGAGUCUCAUCCUAGAGGGAAGAGACAGUGAUCAGCCUUGUAAACCCUGUGGAGUCUCAUCCUAGAGGGGAGAGACGGUGAUCAGCCUUGUAAACCCUGUGGAGGCUCAUCCUAGCGGGAAGAGACGGUGAUCAGCCUUGUAAACCCUGUGGAGUCUCAUCCUAGAGGGAAGAGACAGUGAUCAGCCUUGUAAACCCUGUGGAGGCUCAUCCUAGAGGGGAGAGACGGUGAUCAGCCUUGUAAACCCUGUGGAGGUUUAUCCUAGAGGGGAGAGACUGUGAUCAGCCUUGUAAACCCUGUGGAGGCUCAUCCUAGACAUACUCUUAUCUCUCAGUCAGGGAAAAGUGGUGGGGAAAUGGUGUCAAAUGAUUUGAUGAAUGAUGAAUCUUUCUCCUUAACUCCUCAGCGACCAAUGUGUCUUUUAUUCCUAGCAAACCCCCAUAACAGGUCUUUAAAUGAGUUGGACGUUGGGUUUCUACCAACUGGAGGGGAACCAGGAGAUACCUUUCACAUUGUUGUACCAGUUAUCCAGGGGGCGUCUGAAGUCACACCCUACUACUCCCUAUCUAGUGCACUGCGUUCGGCCCUAUGUGUCUUUGGUAGGGCACUACUUAGUGCUCUGGUCAAAAGUAGUGCACUAUAUUAUUAUUAUUAUUAUUAUUAUUAAGGUAGUAGGGUGCGGUUUUGCACGUAGACCCCUAAAAUCACUCUCGUUGUCUCUCUCGCCGUUUCUCAUUGUCUCUCUCUCUCGCUGUCUCUCUCUCUCUCUCGCUGUCUCUCUCUCUCUCUCGUUGUCUCCCAAGUGAGCGCUAUUCCCUAUAUAGUUUUGGAUGCAGUCUGAGUCUCGUUGGCCAAACAUGCUGCAUGUGUAGCUCAAGUCUCUCUCACAAACACUGUCAGCCCUGUUAGGGCUUCUGACUGAUUGCUCCAGGCCACCCCUUCCAUAGCUCCGAGUCAUCCCCAGCACAGAGCUCUUUGUCUGGGCUGAGACUGUGUGUCAGGGCCCCUUGGCUGAAGGCCCGAGGCUCUGGAAAGAAAGGGCCACCAUUCCAUCCUCCUAUACCAGGCGGAUGGACUGGUGUGACUGGGAACAGUGUCUCCUCCCCCCCGCGCCACACACACACACCAGUAAGUCAGACCAGACUAGGGUCUGUGGUUUGUCUUUGUCGAUGCUGAACAAACACACACUCCUACAGAAACAGACCACUUUCUCCCAGGGGAUGUAGAUGUCCACACAGAUUAAUACGGAGUUCCAACUAAGAUGCAACAAAAACAAAAAAUAGCCUUAUGGGCCACCAUAGUUAAAGUAUUUAGCCUUAUGGGUGACCUCUGACCUGGGUUAAAUAGAUGUAACCAUCAUCACUGUGCUUGCCCACCUCAGGAGCCCUGCUGUUUAGAGUAGCUAGGUCCUUUAAGAGUGUUGUCUGAAGUGGCCUGAUCAACAGUUUUCCAUUGGACCCAACAUGUCCCAAAGUGAUCGUUCUAGAAUCAUGUGCAUUCUAGAACUGUGUGUCCAUUCUGGAACUGUUUCUAGCCAUUCUAUUUCUAUGGGUGUAGUCAGUGCUUUUUGCCAAAUGUCCUCCAGAGUGACUCAAUACCCAGUAGACAGGCAGACGGACAGACCUAUGUCCCCUACUGGUCUUAUGUAGUGAGGGAGAGCUCAAAUGGGAGUCCCAAGGGGCUCCCUAUUCCCUAUAUAUUGCACUAAUUUUGACCAGGUCCCAUAGGGUCUAAAGUAAUGCACUAUGUAGGGAAUAGGCUGUCAAAGACAGACAGACGCAGGCCUUUGUCUUCUCCGGUCAGAGAAAAGGGUAGACAGUCUGCCAGUAGUAACACAGUGGUCAGUAUUCAGUCAGUGUGUAUAUAUCUGCUCCUUCAGGCCGUCUAUCUCUGUGCUGCUGCUGCGGGGGGUUUAAAUGUGUGCCAACGGCUCCGUUCCAAUAUCAACGCUAGCACACUAGCUAGAAUGCACUGCUUCCUUCAUGUUAGUGUGGAUGUUGGAAUGCAGCCCAAGAGUCAGUCAGAACACAGUGUCAUUUCAAAUGCCCAGGCCCACUUUGAUGAUGUCACAAAGCCUGUUUCAUUAGGUUUCUGCUACAGACAAAAACCUGCCUUCAGUGGCCUGGUCGUCCUCCACAACGGGUUUUAACCCAGUCUGAGUUUUAAUUCAUUGUGUCAAAAAGAGUUGUGGAGGUUUCAAGCUGUUAACUGUGAUGUCAGACCCCCGUCCUGCCCUGAGAACUGUCUGUUACCCUCUCUGUCUCUCUGUCUCUCUCUCUCUCUCUCUGUCUCUGUCUCUGUCUCUCUGUCUGUGUCUCUGUCUCAGUCAUCACUGAGGGUUCCGACACACAACGAGAAUGAAACGUCAUUCUGGUUCUAUUGAUUCUAUGGAAUGUGGAGGAAGGUUUGGGGCCUGGUCCAUUAUAUCAAGGUGGAGUUGUGAAUGUGCAAUCUGACAUUGGACCUGGGAUGGGAAGGACCUGAGUUGUGUUUGUGUGAGAGGUGAUGGUGUUUUAAAGCUAUGCAACAGCACUGUGCUCCGGUCCACACAGCAAAAAUACUUAAAUGAACCACUUCUUGUGUAUGUUAUGAGAAUGAUCCUGAUGAUUUGUUACUGUUGUCCCAUGUUAUCCAUUCAGUUCUUUAUUAGUGAAGAGGGAAAUAUGCAAAUGAUCUGCCAAAACAUGACUGAUGUUGUGCCUCUUGUUACCCGACUUUUUUCCCCGUCAAGUUUUUAUAAAUACAGUGUUUGCCUUAGCGGUGUUUAUAUGUCCUCGUUUCAAUGAUGGCUGCGUUCCAAAUGGCACCCUAUUCCCUACAUGAUGACCUAUUGGCUCUGGUCUAAAGUAGUAUAAGUAAAUAGGGACACGGGUGUCAUUUGGGACAGUAUCCAAGAAGUUAAUUCACAUUACGAGUCCCAACAAUGGUUACAAACGGUUUCUCUUGCUUAUACAGUUGAUGAUUUUUUUUUUUUUUUAUUGUUUAUGAGAAAAUGCUUUCGUUGUACAGUCUCUAACUUAUACUGUCUUACCCUCUUACUGUUCUGCCAAUAAAACCACACACCAUUUUACAAACUGA